CAUUCACGCAAACGCGAGAACACAAACACAAACAAUCAUUUUUCAGAUUUCAGUAAAAUCAAUUCCAAUAACAACGCACUAAUUUACUGACACGAUCGUUAGUAAUAUUAGAAAUAAAAAUAAGUUUUAUAACUUAAAGAUAUCAAAAACUAUUAUAAAUCAUCAUUAUUCAGUUAACUUAUGAUAUGUGGCCUGUCAUCAAUUGAAAUGGAGGAAGCAGAGCUAUCCUCAUUGCAAACAGUGUUCGAAACGUUGAGACUUGCUUCCUGCCAAGAUCCAGCUGUUUUGAAACCUGCUGAGGAAAAGUUGAAGGAAUGGGAAAUCCUCCCAGGCUACUAUUCUAUUCUCAUGGUCAUGUCAUUUCAAGAUUUGGAGAUGUGCCCUGGCAUCCUCGUUCUCCUGACCUGAACAUCUGCGAUUUUUUUUGUGGGGACAUUUGAAGGAGAAAGUUUUCAAACGCAAACCUCGUAAUUUGGAAGAUUUGAAGGAGGCAAUUCGUGAAGAGGUGGCACUAAUCACCGAGCAGACACUACAGCUAGUAUGGCAGAGCUUCCUCAACAGAAUUGAAAACUGCAUCAGAGAAGACGGCCGUCACCUUCCUGACCUUAUUUUCGCAAGUUAAUUAAGUAAGUUAAAUUAAAUAGCAUAUCCUAACAAACAUGUCAGAAAAGUAAAUAAAUUUCCUG